AGAAGAAGAGGCGGAGUUAAAUCGAGUGAGUUAGAUAAGGAGACUUGUGGUGUACUCGUAAAGGGAUACGCGUCAGUAGAGUUCGUCAGUCUGCGGACGAGCGUCUACCGAAAUAACGGGAGCAGUUUAAGCAUUGCAUUUACCGUGGCAAAGUUUACAACACCUACGAAUAAAUACAGGAUUAACGCAUAAUUAAAAAAAAAAUAACAAUGUUGAGUUUUUGGAAUUAAUCAGUGAUAAAUCUGCAGUGAUGAUGCGCUAAAUCGAAGAAGACAUUCCUUUGUACAAAGAAGAAAAAAUAUUACUAAUAGAGAAGAAAUAAAAAAAUGAUAAUAAAUACGUACAUAAUGUAAACGUAAACUUCUGAAAGUGCAUGUUUAAUUACGAGAGAGAAAAACGAGUUUGUUUAAGAAACAAGUUGAAUUGCAGCGAUCAAGAGCUAAUUACAAGGAAGGAAGAGGAUAAUUGGGGCGAAUUGUUCAGAGAUAGCGAUUUAAUUGAACGCUAUAAAGUACUACAGUAAUUUCUGGAAGAAUACCUUUCGCGAGUUAAUUAACAAUAACUACAAUGUAGCGUCACGAAACGAUUCGAUAGCGAGCGAACAUGAAGAAAUAUGGAAAUUAAUUGAUGCGGCAUGUGCGAUAAGGCGCCUCGGAAUAUGUAUGUAUGGAAGGAUACAUGUUCUCUCUGUUUAUCUUUCCAUGGCGAGAAAAUUCAAGGAAUUAACGAAACAGAUAGAAACUAAUGAAUGAAAGAAGGAGUAACGAGAAGUGUAAACGAAGAGUGGAUGAGGAAAAUUAAUGCGUUUAAUAGCGUGCGAGGGUCGUUGGUCCGGUUAUUUCGCGAGAGAAAGCAUAUGAAUCACGGCGGUUUUUAAUUUUCCGAACAAUGCGAAGGAAGAAAAAUUGUGUUCUGUGCAUUUGCUAAAAGAUGGGGUACUUUGCGACAAACGACACCGUCGGAAUCUUUUCGGAGGCUGGAGACCAUUCACUCAAGCCAUUUACACGCUCCGAGACUAUCAUUGCUGCAGUAUGCGCUAUAAUAUUCAGCAUUAUUGGAGUAUUAGGUAAUUUAGUAACGGUAAUCGCAUUGUUAAAAUAUACCAGACUGAGACGACACGCCACUACGGCAUUUGUGAUAAGUCUAAGUAUCUCCGAUUUGAUCUUCUCGGCAGUAAACUUGCCUCUAACCGCCAGUAGAUAUUUGAACGAAGCAUGGGUUCUGGGUGAUACUCUAUGCAAAAUAUUCCCCUUAUUCUUUUACGGGAACGUCGCCGUAUCUUUACUCAGCAUGGUGGCCAUUACUAUCAACAGAUAUAUACUGAUCUCACAGUCGGACAUUUACAACCAGUUAUACACUACUCGCGGCAUAAUGCUGAUGUUAAUAGGUAUAUGGACUCUAAGUUUCUUGAUGCUGCUGCCACCCUUAUUAGGCAUCUGGGGUACUCUAGGACUAGAUUCGGCUACCUUUUCGUGCACCAUACUGAAGAAAAAUGGCUCGAGUCCGAAGAAGUUUCUGUUCAUUCUAGGCUUUAUCGUACCAUGUGUGGUGAUCAGUGUUUCGUAUCUCUGCAUAUAUUGGCGUGUACGCAGAAGCCGAAAAAAUCUCGAGGCUCACGCGGCGGAAAGUGGUCGACGAGGCGGUGGCUUUCAACGGCGGGAAGAUUCCAGAGUGACCAGACUAAUGCUUACUAUAUUCCUUUGUUUCCUGUUGUGUUUCAUGCCGUUAAUGCUGGUGAACGUCAUCGACGACAAGAUGAAGGUUCCGGUACUUCAUAUAGUGGCGUCUGUACUCGCAUGGGCAUCCGCGGUGAUAAAUCCUUUUAUUUAUGCUGGCACCAAUAAACUGUACAGGGAGGCGUACAAACAAAUUCUGUGCCCCGUUUCAAGUAGGACACCUACGAUCGGUCCCAAACCAACGCAUUCUCACUCGAGUAAAUUCUCGACACCCCACACGAUAUAAACAUAUCUUCCGUUUCGAAAAUAAUCGAUCGCCUCGGAUUAAUGGCGAUAAAAAGUCGAUGCAUAA